AUGUCGCCUGUCGAAAUCACUGCAGAGGGGUGGGCUGAGCUUCAGCAGUACCUGCACCAAGUUGAAGGGACCGAUGUCGAGCUCCUUGGCGCCACUCAAGGCGUCACACCGCCGCUCUCGGACGCAAUGGUUGGCCAUGUUGACAAGACAGCAGCGGUGGCAGAAGACGGCCCGCACAGUGACGGCACCUUUGCAGGUCAGCGUCCACAGGUCUCACCGUCGCCACCGUUUGUGUCGCCUGAAGAUGUCGCUGACCUUGCAACGGAUCUGGCGCAAGAGGUGGGUGCGCUACACCACGACUCCAGCUUUACAUCGGCACGCGGCUGGGAGAAGGCAGAGCUAGAAGCGGGGGCAGACAGUGGUCACCAAGACGACGGCAUCGAGUACGGAGACGACGCCGAGCGUGAUGAGCAGCUGCUCGCCUCCCUGAAGGGUCACCAUGUGCGACUGCAAAACACGCCAGACGUGGUGAGGCCACCGCUCAUCAUCCCUGAUAAAAAGGGUGACUUGGCGGCAAACACACAGCCACUGCUGCACAGCUGCGGGGGAGAGGGCGAAGCAUCUGCCUCCACUGCAGAAACAACGAGCAGGAACUUGGCAGUCGCACCACAGCCAGCGGUGCGCCUUCUUAAUCGGCACAGCUAUCUUGCGGAGCAAGACCGACUGUACCUUGGCGCUUGCACAGCGCCAGACGCGCAGCUGCGGUCGUCUGACGCCAUGCAGGCAGUAUCACCAUCUGCGGGCCCACAGCCUCACAGUCGCUGCAUCCUCGUCGUCUUCUCCUCUACCGACCUGCGGGUUCACGACAACCACCUCUUGGCGUUUGCCUCGGGGUGCGCCAGGGCGGCGGCCAUCAAGACAGGCGGCCCUGUUUCCGUCAUUGGCGUUUGUGUGCUCGACUAUCGAACUUUUGCGCAGCCGAGCGUUGUCGGUGGCUUUUUCCGUCAGAGCCCUCAGCGGGCGCAGUUCCUGCUCGAUACGGUGGCGGCGCUGCGCGUCAAGCUGGAGGGCACGCUGCAUGUGCCCCUCCUCGUUCGCUGCGGUCGGCCAGAGGAGCACGUUCCCCGCCUGGCCGUGGAGCUGGGGGCGAUGCAUGUUCUCAUGACAACUCAGUACGCCCCCCACGAGCGACGUGUGCAGGAGUUGAUGGUGCGUCGACUCCGGGCAGGAACGUGGGUGUCGCGCGAAGAAGUGACUGACGAGGCUGUGGUAGCGGGUGCAGUUGGGCAAGUAGCGUCGGCAGCGCUUGACGUGUCCUGUGGCUUCGCAGCCGAUGAAGACGAUCCCCUGAUCGCUGUCGUGGAGCACGCUAGCAGCGGUGCCGGUGGGCAACAGCACCCGUACUACCGCGGCAGUAGCGCGCCCUCGCGCAACCGCACCGCGGCUGCUCUGCCGGAGGUGCACUGUCUCUGGCAAUCAACGCUAGUACACCUCGACGACUUGCCGACACCGCUGGCGGCCAUGAAGGAGGGCGAGCGGUGGUACCACGACGAUGUCACGGUGAGCCUGAUCCGGCCGACUGAGCCGUACAACAAGGCGACUGCGCUGCUGGCGGAGCUGCCUCUUACCUGGCAAACGGCCGCCCUGCUGCCCACGGAAGAGGAGCGGUACGGGCGAGUGGGGUCGUCCGUUUUGCGGGGAGCUCUACCUCGGCUUGAGGACCUCGGCUACAGUGUCUCCGCCGUCCGCGGGACAGACUUCGCCUUUCAGGAAGUGAUCGCCACCCAGUCGUCCCACCCGGACGCCGGCGAAGACGCGGCACUGGUGCGCCUGCAGGACUGGCUGGCGCAGGGCGGCGUGACCUCGCUGCUACGCUACGGACGGGAGCGGCGCACUAACACGAAGAUGUACUCGCAGAAGCUGGCGCGCGUGUCACCGUACAUCGCGCUUGGCGCUCUGUCACCGCGCAAGUACUACGAAGUCCUGCGUGAGUUCGCGCAGGCGAACCAGCGCGAUGCAUUUGUGCAGCAGCAGUUCCGCGAGGGGUUGCUGCGGCUUUCUCGGCGGGACUACUGGCAUUGGAUGGGCCUGCGCUUCGGUGACCGGCUCUUCUUCUCCUACGGACCGCACCCUGAGCACACGGACGACGUACCGGACUGGCGUCAUGAUCGCAAGGUGGUGCAACGGUGGUGCAAUGGAUUGACUGGCAUCCCCUUCGCAGAUGCCGCGAUGCGGGAGUUGGUGGGGACAGGCUUCGUCGCGCACGAGGGGCGGCAGGCUCUGGCGUGGCUGCUCACCCGUGGCUACGGGCAAGACUGGCGCCUUGGCGCCGAGUGGAUGGAGCGCUGCUCCCUUGACUACGACCCAUUUGUCUGCUACGGCAACUACGCGUACAGCUGCGGGCUUAUUCUCGACGACUUCGGCGAACCUGUCCGCAGCGUGUACUACCUCGCUCAUCAACACGACCAGACCGGCAUCUACGUCAAGAAGUGGCUGCCGCAGCUAUCGAAGGUGCCGCCGGUGUACGUGCAUCGCCCACACGUGCUGACAGAGCGCAUGCAGGCGAUGCACGGCGUGUACCUUGGCAAGAACUACCCCUAUCCACUUAAGCUGUGGCAAGGGGCGCAGCGCAGUCUGUCUGCCGCUGAGCUCACUGCGUACUACCCGCAGGGCAUAGUGAAAGGACCUGGGUACACGGAAGCACUGCGGUACGGCAGCGCCGUGAUGCAGCCCGAGGAGUACAACGCCGCUGUGUCGCCCACGUACGUGCAGCUGCAGGAAUGGGCGGCAAUGCUGCCAGCCUCCGCCUUCGCAGGUAUCGAAGACGACGACGAGAAGGCGAAGCACCUCUCCCUCGUGGAGGCGGCAGCCCCACGGAAGUCUGCCGCACCCGCAGCUGCAGCUGCGGCGGGGUUAACCUUGAAGAGGGUCGUAGUGUAG